UACAAAAUUAUCAGUUAUUUUUUGAAGAAAUUGGCAAUGGAAGAUGAAAACACGAAGGAGGAGAACCAACCUUCCACAAGUAAGAAAGAGAGUCAGAGGACAAAUUCUGGAAAUGACUUAUAUGAUGAUAGGGGACAUGACGACCGUGCAACAAACAGUGAAACCUCCGUGUCCGCAACCUACUCCGUGAGAAGUCGGAUAGACAUGACGGAUGCCAGACCUGAAGUUCCAAAGCCAACCAUAAAAACCAAAGCGCCUGAGAGGAAAAAGCGAGGUAGGAGAACCGGUGGAAGAGUAGAAAAGAGACGAAGAUCAUUUACACGUCGUCAAGUAAGAAGAGCUCCCCUGAGAAGGAAGCCUCGUCCAACCAAAGAUAAAGACCGCGAGUUGUCAGUUUCAACAAUAUUCACCAGGCUGUCGUCUCGGAGUGGGUCACGGACGCCCGGCUGCAUACACUGCGGACACCGCUGCUGCCGCAGAAGGUUAUUAAGUUUUAAAUUCCAGAUAUCGCCAGAAAUGAUAUACGAAGCUUUGAGGAACCUCACGUUGUGGAAGCAAGAAGUCCAGACCGGUCUCAUCUUUGAAUUCAUUAGGAUGCAUUAUCCAGUAAACAAAGAAGACAACGAGCUAUACUUGGAACUGUAUGAAAAAUUGCGAAUAGCGAGUCUUGUUGGCAUGGUGGUGCAGACAAAAGAAGACCUCUGGUGCCUCACGUGUAAGCUCCAGCAGCAUCAGCUGACCACCAACCACGUCACGCUGUUCUGGAAGGCGUAUGCCGACACCCUCAACCCUCUGAUUAAAAAGGAGCCUAUUCUCAAAAAGGAGCGGUCAGACCAACAGACGAAUACUCGCUUAAAACCAGGCGGGGUCAAUGAGGACGACAUCAUUUAAAACACAUUAACUACCCUCUAUUAUAUAUUGC